CUGUAAUUAUCCUGGCGUGUUGUUCGAUUUCUGGUACAACUAAAUAGCUAAUACUAAUAAUAAUAAUAAAAAGCAAGUGAAAUGAAGAAAUCGUAUAAAUACUAAUAUUUAUCUACGCGACGUCGCGUGCCUUGCUCCAAGUCCCCACGACUCCUAUCCCAGAACACGCUAAAAAGCUCAAGCACAACCGCAAUAAGACAAGCGACAAUUCCGCAGUUUACUCUCAAUCUUCUUACUUGAGACUCCUCUGUGAUAAAAGUUCUUCUUUAUUGUCUUCAGAAUUUUUUUUACCUAUCGUCUUCUUUUUUGUCUUUCAGCAUCUUUUCCAAUCAUUGAGAAUUUAAUUUUUAGAUAAAUAAUUAUCAUGUUGGCUAAAAAACGAGGAGGUCUUAAUAAGACCAGAAGAAUGGCAAAGAAAAAUGCACCGGCAGCUUUGCAGACUGAAGUUAGUAAUGAUGAUGAAUGGGCUAAAAUUUUGGAACGAAAAGGUCUUGUAGUUGUAGAUGUUUAUUCAGAUUGGAGUGGACCAUGCACUGGAAUGGUGAGCAUUUUAAAAAAAAUAAAAAUGGAAAUUGGCGGUGACUCAUUAAGCUAUGCGACGGCAAAAUGUGAUAAUAUUACUGAUCUUGCACGAUUCCGAGGUAAAAGUGAACCAACGUGGAUGUUUAUUCAUAACGGCAAAAUGAUAAAUUUAAUGUUUGGCGCUUACUGUCCGGAAUUACAAAAAAUGUUGACCGAUGAAAUUCAGCGAGUUAAAAACAAUGAGCCUCAUGAAUUUUGUAUUGAAGUGAGCGAUACAAGCCCAGAAGAAGAAAAUCGUCUGAAAGUACUUGAAGAAAAGCGUCUAGCUAAAGAAGCUGCUAAAAAAGCCCAAAAAGAGCAUCAAAUAAAAGCUAGAUAUGAAGCUGAGUUGAAUCAUUUGACGACUUGCUUGAAAAAUCAAACGUGUUUGAUACUUUAUCCGUGGGUCUUUAAAGACGAAGACGGUCACAAGCGAGAUAAAAAAUCGAGCUUACCAUACGUAGAUUUAAUUGAAAAUGUUCUUCCAGUUUAUUUCACAGUUGAACAAGAGUUACGUAAACAUUUAAAUGAAGAAAUGAUUUCAAAAAUUCUUGCUGAGUCGAAUUGGGAAAUAACCCCGGAUGUUAAGCAACUUUUGAUGGAUGGAAAGUGUAUGUUCAUGCGGGUAAAAAUUGUCAAAAAUGAUACGGAGUUAAGUACAGAAGAAAGUUUAUUAAAUUUACUAUUUGGCGAGCCAAUUUUACCUAAAUUAUCUGAUCAAUAUCAGGAAGGAUGUUUCGCAGAACGUCAUAAUAAGCCAGCAUUUAUUCCUCUCGGCAAAGAUAGUUUUAUUUUUCCUGUUGUUUGGGCUCCGCCAAAUUUUAUGAAUAAAAUUAUAGUCUUCAAAACGAUAUUUAAAAAAUAUUUAGAUACUACUUUUCCUUAUGAAGACAAAACAGAUGCAACACCAAUUAUAGUCUUCAAAUUUGAUAGUACUAGAAAAAAUGAAUUAAAAGUUGUUUUAGAAAUGCAAGAAUCUGAAGUUGUUCAUUUUGGUAUUUUUGAAAGAGAUAAACCACCUGAAGCUAAACUUAUUGCGACAAGUAUUGACGAAUAUGAAGAAAAAGUCGAAGAAAAAACUGGAUACGAGACUUAUGUUUGCGUAGUCAAAAAAAUAGGCUCGGAAGCUUUUCUAACAUUUGCGGGGAUCGGUCCGUACCAUGUUAGUGAAAAUCCCGACAUAGCUAUCGAAGAAUCAAAAUUAUAUUUCCCAGAUAUAAUUCCUGCUGAUGAUCAAUCUGAUGAUGAAGAAAAACCGGAAGAUCUGGACGGACAAAGUGGAGGACAAUCAGCGGAAAAUGCUAAUGGAUAGAUGGCUUAAUAUAAUUAUAAUAAUAAUAUGUUAAAAACUAAUUGUAAUUUAAUAAUGUAAUACGGUAAAAGACCCAGUUAU